CUUAACGCAACACAACAGAAAGAUCCCGCAGGCGUUCCACACGCGCGCGCUGUCUUUUUUUCCAAAGCGCUCUCAUUGGCUGCCGUGUUCGCUCUCGGACGAAUGUGAUUGGCUGUCAAGCUGUCAUGUGAACUGUAUUAGUGUCAGCACAGGCGCGUAGUGAACAGCUGAGCGCGAGCUGGAGCGCGGAACAGCCAAGUCCGCUUUACGUUACAGUUUCAGGACAAAACAACACUGUCAUCACUGGGGACAUAAACGCGCAUUGCAUUGAAUUACGUUCAGUUAUUACGCCAGAUGAGAAACACUCUAUAACCACACCGGCAUCAUCUGUCUGCUGCCAUGACGACGGGCUGCUGCAGCCACUUUCCUGAGGUGUUAAUGGACCAUUCAGAUACUACACCUCUCAGAGGCUCUACCGGACACGAGUCUGCUCCAAUGGAGAGCUCAGACUGCUGUGAACCCGCCCUUCCAGGAAAAGCUAUGGACUCUGAGACAAAUUCAACGAAUGAGGAGGCACAGUAUUGGAAACACAUGGCAGCAAAGGAUGGACAACUUAUGAACAGUGCAGUGUUAGCCAAACAGAGUGCUCUAGUGGAGAGACCCAUGUGUAGGAUCUGCCAUGAUGGAGGGGGACAGGAGGAGCUGCUGUCCCCGUGCGAGUGCACAGGGACACUGGGCACCAUUCACCGCAGCUGCUUGGAGCACUGGCUCUCAGCCUCCAGCACCAGCUUCUGUGAGCUCUGCCAUUUCCAGUUCAGUGUGCAGCGCAAGGCACGACCUCUCCUUGAGUGGCUCCGUAACCCCGGGCUGCGCCAGGAGAAGCGCACGCUGUUCGGAGACAUGGUGUGUUUCCUGCUGAUCACGCCAUUAGCCACCAUCUCAGGCUGGCUGUGUCUUCGGGGAGCUGUGGACCACCUUCACUUCUCCAGCAGACUGGAGGCUGUGGGUCUGAUCGCUCUCACUGUAGCGCUCUUCACCAUUUACCUCUUCUGGACCCUGGUGCCUCUGAACUUGGGUUUGAGAGCAGCUUUAAUAUAAGAACAUGUGGGUAAGCAGCAUCUACACCCAUGAGACCCAUUAUUCUGCACAGAAAAGGAGUGUUUAGCACUCAAGUGAUCGCUUGACUCUGAAAUGUGAUUUUUUUAAUUCCCACCUGACUUGUUGGUACUUGUCCUUGCAGACCUGCCAAUUUGUAGUCAGGCUUCACCAAGGAAAAGGCAACAUUACAGCAGAUUUGCUUUUUUUUACCCCCUUCCUUGAAAGGGAACAGGGAAAUGAGGUUUCCUAAGCUCAUGGAGUGAAUGCUCUGGCUAGAGGAUGCCAGUGGAUUCGUGUAAGCAUUCUACCAUGGGCCAAUUGCAUGGCAUCUGUUUGUUAUAUAAAAUUGGUAAGCUAUACUCAGCAAAAAAAAGAAAUGUCCCUUUUUCAGGAGACUGUAUUUUAAAGAUCAUUUUGUAAAAUCCAAAUAAGCUUUACAGAUCUUUAUUGGAAAGUGUUUUUAAUAAUGUUUUUCAUUGAUGUUCAUGUUCAGUGAACCAUAAACAAUUAUUGCACAUGCACCUGUGGAACAGUCCUUAAGACAGAAACAGUUUACAGGCGGUAGGCAAUUAAGGUCACAGUUACAAUAACUUAGGACACUAAAGAGACCUUUCUACUGACUCUGAAAAACACCAGAAGAAAGAUGUCUAAGGUUCCUUGCUCACCUGCGUGAACAUGCCAUAGACCUGCUGCAGGGAGGCAUGAGGACUACAGAUGUAUCCAGAGCAAUAAAUUGCAAUGUCUGUAAUGUAAGACGGUGCUACAGGAAAACAGAAAGGACAGCUGAUUGUCCUCGCAGUGGAAAAUUACAUGUAACCGUGUCCCCCCAGACGUGAUGGAGAACUUGCAGAUACCUUGGUGGAAGAGUGGAGUAACAUUUCACAGCAAGAACUGACAAAUCUGCUGCAGUCCAUGAGGAUGAGAUGCACUGUAGUACUUAAAGCAGCUGAUACUGACUGUUGCUUUUAAUAUUGACCCCCACUUUGUUCAGGGACUCAUUGUUCCAUUUCUGUUCAUCAAAGGUCUGUGAAACUUGUUCAGUUCAUGUCUCAGUUGUUGAAUGUUUUUAUGUUAAUACAAAUAUUUACACAUGUUAAGAAAUAUGCUGGAAAUAUAAACAGUUGAAUGUGAGAGGACGUUCCUUCUCUUUGUAUAUAUGCAGUCGUGAAAAGAACCAGAUUUGGAUUCCUAGCCAUAGGAUUUCAAAUCGCAAUCUACUGUAAUUGUAGUGCAUUUGUUUUGCUUUGUGUUCUAAUGGUGAAAAUCAAUUAUUUCAUUAAUAAAUAAUUCUUCAAUGGUUAUUUAAAAGGCCUAUUUGAUAAAUAAUGGUUUCUGCCUUCCUAAUAUAACCCUUUAUGAUAAGGAAAUGUUUUGUUGUAGGGUUCUACAUAGAACCUCUAUGGCUUAAUCCAGAGUGUUGGUUUGCUUACUAAAAGUCCCAGUAACAUUAGGAGUUUGCUUUACUUAGCAUUAUGUGCGGUAACAUAAGAGACUAAAAUCACCUUAGUUUUAUUUUUCAUGUUCUUACUCUGAGUUCCAAAUAACCUUUACUCACCAUGAUAUCUAAAAUCCAAAUAUAAUUGGACAACAACAUUUGUUUCUAGGUACUGUCAUUUUGCAGCUAUCAACAAAAAUAAAUUAGAAGAUUUAUUACAAGAAACUUCAACUCCCGGAUGUCACAGUUUGGAGGUGUCUUUCCUGCCCUCAUAUAUUCACUAAGCCUGCUACCGAACUGAGGAGUUAUAUUUGGUUUGUCUGAGCAUAGAAAUCAGUAAACUGUGCUCGGGGCUCCAGGACUGUUGGGGAUUUUUCUCUGGUUUAUAAUACACAGAAAUUUUGAGGUUAUGGUGUGGAAUGGGCUUGACAGGUUUGGUUUUUUUCAAAGGUUUGUUGAAAAGCCCUGUAUGUUUCUUCAGUUUUGAGUCUGAAUUUUCCACCUCUGGUCUCCCGCACAAGGAAAAAAGUUCAUAUUUUCCCACACAAAGGUUCUGCCAAUGUCCUUCUUCACUCCCCAGUCAAUCUUGUCACACCAUAUUUUUAGAUUGCAAUCAGAUGUUCGUGCAUAGUUGAAGAGCCCUUGAGGGAAAGUUCCUGUAUGUGUAGCUGCCAGCAAGUCCAAAUGUCUCUGAAAUUAGAUCUUGCUUACUACUGCUUACUGAUGGGCAAAUAAACAAAAGUUGCUGCAGCUGUUUACUUACUGACUGAUGGUUGCAGUGGCUGAUUGUUGGUUGCAUUAAAGGUUAUACAUACAAUAUGAAUGAUUAUAAUUUAUGUACAGAAUGAAGCACAAAGUGCCUCAUUAGACAUCUUUGGCCUUUGAUGCCUAAGCAGUGUGAUAGAUCUAACCUCUGUCCAUGCCCUUCCGUUACAGGUGUCUCUCAGGUACCACUGCCGUCUGUAUAAUGAAUGGCGUCAGACUAAUCAAAGGGUGGUGCUUCUGCUUCCCACGUCCUGCGGUGAUUCACUGGGAAAUCCGUCAGUGACAGGCCUGCUGAGCAUAAAACGACCGUCCAAAGAA